AUGCAACCGGUGGGAGGCCGGGCGCGCUGGGGCUGGGGCUCGGGCGGCUUCCCGGCGGGUCCCGGGCGGCGCGCGCGGACGGCCCCGCGGCGGCGGCUCUGAGCAGGCAGGCGGAGGGCUGUCUCCCGCGCCCGCCCGCCCGGCGCGGUCCGAGGAUGCGGGGGGGCGAUGCCCGGGGCCAGGGACGCGCUCUGUCACCAGGCGCUGCAGCUGCUGGCCGAGCUCUGUGCCCGCGGGGCCCUGGAGCACGACAGCUGCCAGGAUUUCAUCUACCACCUGCGGGACCGCGCCAGACCCCGGCUCCGCGACCCAGAUAUCUCUGUGAGCCUCCUGACCCUUGUGGUCACUGCCUGUGGCCUCGCUCUCUUUGGCGUAUCUCUCUUCGUGUCUUGGAAACUCUGCUGGGUACCGUGGCGAGAACGAGGCCUGCUCUCUGGUAGCAAAGACAACAACCAGGAGCCUCUUAACUACACGGACACAGAGACCAAUGAGCAGGAGAACAGUGAGGGUUUCCUAGACCCUCCCACCCCCUGCCCUGACUCCUCCAUGAAGAUCAGCCACACGUCCCCCGACAUUCCCCUUUCAACCCAGACGGGGGGGCAGGAGAACUGUGCCCAUGGCGUCCGAGUGCAGCGCCAAGUCACAGAGCCAACCUCAUCGGCUCGGCAUAAUUCAAUUCGAAGACAACUCAACCUGUCAAAUCCGGACUUCAAUAUCCAGCAGCUUCAAAAACAGGAACAGUUGACUGGAAUUGGUCGAAUUAAACCCGAGUUAUACAAGCAGAGGUCAUUGGAUAAUGACGAUGGGAGAAGGAGUAACAGCAAAGCCUGUGGGAAACUGAAUUUCAUUUUAAAAUAUGACUGUGACUUAGAGCAGCUCAUAGUGAAGAUCCACAAAGCUGUCAACUUGCCCGCCAAGGACUUUUCUGGGACUUCAGAUCCUUAUGUCAAGAUCUAUUUGCUUCCUGAUCGGAAAACGAAACACCAGACUAAAGUUCACAGAAAGACCCUGAACCCUGUGUUUAAUGAGGUGUUUUUGUUCCCGGUGCCCUACAAUGACCUUGAAGCACGGAAGCUGCACUUCUCUGUGUACGACUUUGAUAGGUUUUCUCGUCAUGACUUAAUUGGCCAAGUGGUGGUGGACCACUUCUUAGACUUGGCGGAUUUCCCCAGGGAGUGCAUUCUUUGGAAGGAUAUCGAAUAUGUCACCAAUGACAAUGUAGAUCUUGGAGAAUUGAUGUUUUCCCUCUGCUAUCUUCCAACGGCUGGCAGGCUGACCAUUACCAUUAUAAAAGCAAGGAAUUUAAAAGCAAUGGAUAUAACAGGAGCAUCAGAUCCCUACGUGAAAGUCUCACUGAUGUGUGAUGGCAGGCGACUGAAGAAGAGGAAAACGUCCACCAAGAGGAACACUCUGAAUCCUGUUUACAACGAAGCCAUAGUCUUUGAUGUCCCUCCUGAGAGCAUCGACCAAAUCCAUCUGUCCAUAGCAGUCAUGGACUAUGACCGUGUAGGUCACAACGAGAUCAUCGGUGUCUGUCAAGUCGGCAACGAGGCUGAGAGGCUGGGCAGAGACCACUGGAGUGAAAUGCUGUCGUACCCUCGGAAGCCCAUUGCGCACUGGCACUCGCUGGUGGAGAAACGAUGACUAUGGGAAGAGGAUUCCUUGUGCCAAGGACACAGUAGGACAACCAUCUUACAAAGAUCUUAAGUAACUUUUCCCAUCCAACAACACCCGGACGACUCCAGUGACCAAAUGCUCGGCUGUAACCAUGGCAAUAACUGGCCCUCAUUCCAGAUUGGGUUUGCUGAAUGUGAACCAUCCAGCUGUCUCUAGGUGGCCCAAGUGCCAUAUUGCAAGGGAAGCACAUCCAUUAUGGCCAAGAACCAAGAUAAGACUAUGGAAGAAACCAGCUGAUACAAUGCAAGUGCUGAGAGUACCUGGAGAGGUGGGACUCUUACAGAGUAACACGAGGUCCUUGGUGAUGGGGUCAUAGCACCUGCCCUGGCCUCAUCAUGCCGACACGAUGUUCUUUGCUUGAAUGCCCUGGAAGGACAGAAUAUCUUAAAAUACAUCCAGGUGCUAAAUAAGCAGCAGAUCUAAUUCACACUGGACUUCCUUUUGAGCUAAUAACUGUCUCCAGAAAAUAAUUUCACCCCAACAAGUGCUCUAGCUUUGCAAAGAAUAGCCCCACAGGAGUCACAGGAUCAGUGGGCUGUUUCCCUGGUGAAACCUGGUGAAGGAGUACUAGUUCCCAGCAAAUUCACUGCCCGCCCUCCCCAUGCACAUGGCACAGAGUACCAGUUGAUCAUGGCUCUCUCGUCUGCUAAUUCCAGGUUCUGAGGAGUCAGAUCCCUAGUACUGUUUUCUAGGUAGCCGGGACCUAGCCUUUCAACUGGUGGUUGGCAUUAGAAUGAACAUUAGUUAAUCGUCACCACUGUAAAGAGGCAUGAAUCUCAGCGGUGUGAGCUUUCUGGAAUGCCCUUUCCCAAGCACAUCAGUCCACUGAGGGGACACCCUCAGAUAUAGGUGUAGCUGUGUGUGAGGACAGUAGAGGGAGAGAUCACACAGCCCUCCCCUGAGGGAAGGCACAGCUGGUUGGGCCUUCUUGGUCUGAGUGCCUUCUGGGGGUAUUUCCAUAUGCAACAACCCAGAGGCAUAGCCUUGGGUAGCAACAAACAGGUUUCCUUUUCACUCUCAGACUUAUAGAUCACUCUCAUAGCACUUGGGGAAUGGAAAUACCUGCAAGAGUGAAGGUCAAGGGCUGUCCCCGGGUAUCUCAUUCAUUAUUCAGCUUCCUCUGUGACCACAUCAGCCAGUCCACUGCCAGCCAUGCUCCUCAUCCUCAUUGCUUCUGCCUUCAUACAGAUGAAACCAAAGGCCUCAGCACACCCAGGAGAGGGUGUUUCCUCGUGAUCCUCUCUCUUCCAUUGUGGGUGCAAAGUAUCCCAUCCACACAUUUGCACCACAUCUCCAAGAUAGCAUUUCCCUUUUCAUAUAAUGCUUCUGCAGCAGAAUCCAGAGUUGAAUUGCAGUUUUCCUUCCUGGGAAGCUCAUUAUCAUUGUUUGAAUUAACAUUUCAAUGAAAGAGUAACUGGGUGGAAGCAGGAUUACUGCAUGUCUUCAAAAAGUUCUCACUGCCACAGCUACCUAGUGAAAGCAAUUGCCCUGAUGCCAGUUCUAUAAAGGAUGGAGACCCAUGUUAGUGUGAGGCAGUGUUACUACACUCUAGUUUCGUGCAUUCCCCAGCCUGCUGGAUCCAUUUCCAUCUCUGAAUGACUUUUGACCAGGAUCCAAAAGGAGCCCAAGGUUCUGCCUAUAUCCAAUGAUAUGAGAAGGAUUCAACAUUCUUUACCCAAGGUUCCCCUCUGCCUGUUCCUCCCCAUCAGACAUUCCCCCCUAUACCAGUGUUUAGAACCAAAGCAUGAAGGACCAGUGCCAGCAAGAUAGUCACCAGAAAUAGUAUCUCUUAGAGUCAGACAGAAGAGGCCAGAAGAAUGGUCCCCAAGAAACCUGACUGGCCACAGCAGAUAUCAGGCAGCCAUUCAAUUAAUUUUGAUGUGUCCUUGGCAAUGGGAACCUGGGUAGGAGAUCCUGGGGCAGCUGUGCCUAAAUGCGCCCCCCCCCCCAAGAUUGUCCUUCCCAGACAGCUAUCAGCCCUGGGGUGCUAAUAAGUUUGCUGCUGGUUUGUUGGUGUGAAGCAGAAAGUGGCUUAGCAGGGGCCAGCAGGCAAAGAGGCCAGCCCACAUGGCAGAUAGGGGUCUUUGUGUCUGGAAGGCUUUGCUUAGCCAGUUUAGCUGUGGCCAAAGGCCAGUUAUAAAUUUGAACUCCCUGAGCCCAUCUGCAACUCUGCCUCUUUUCUCUUGCUUUCUGUUUGGUUUCCCUUUAGUUUCCUAGUAAAUGUUCCUUUUGAAAAAUUCUAACCUUGUCUCAUUGAACUUGGGGGAUGGGGAUUCUCCAAUGUCUUUUCCAGGCUAGAGAAGGAAAUUAAAGUACCUUGAAAAUGGAAAUAGCAGGGAAAAGGAGAACAUGCUAGUAGGAGACUCUGGGGAAAGCUAGUGCCGAGAGAUAGAGACCUCGUGUCCUCCACCUGCCUGGCAUGUGCCCUCAGCUCUUUUCUCUUGCCAUCUUUCUCUUCAAGGAGAUCCGCCCUGCAUCUGUGUUGCUGCCAGAGUAGCUAUCUAGCCAGUGAACCAGGCAUGUUGAGCAUGCAUUGUAAGGUACGGGAAGUACAGGGUACAUGACCAGAGGAGAAACUGGGGAGUGUGGGGAAGCAGUGGUCUCCACACAGUGG